GGUUAUUUUCCCGGUCUGGCAGCACAGUGCGCUUGUUCGGCUUUUCCAAUUGGAUUUCGGAGUCUGGAUUUUGAUUUGAGCAGAAAAACGGAACCGGAAAUCCUGGCCAGAAUUUGGCAAUGAGCAGCGGCACCGCCGGCUGCAAGCGCGCGCACAGCAUCGAGGUUGAGCAGCCGCUGGCGUCGGAGCGCCUGGAGCACAGCCUGCUGUUGGUCAAGGGACGCCUGGUGCCCAAGUGUUCCACGGCGCGUCAACUGAAGGCGAUCCUUGAUCUGCCCGAGCACCUGUCCCAGGAGCAGCUAACCCAGCUGUCGGCCGGCGGCGAGUUUAAGCUCCUAUUCGACUUGGAACAAGCGAAUCGCGAGGAGGAGGACGAGGAGGAGAGCGCCUGCCUCCUGGAGUUGCGAUCCUGCACGGCCACCCGUACGAUUAGCUUCAGUUACCGGCCCCGCCGCAGCUCCUACCGGGUGCAGCCGCUCUACCUGCUCUGCCAGGACGAGGAGAAGACGCCCGCACAGCAGCUCGAGGUGCACUCCCUCAUCGAUCUCAAUUUGCGCCUGGUGCAGUCCAUCUACGCGCACAAACUGCACGCGGCGGGCUUUCCCAACCGCACCUUCACGCUCAACGGCAAGUGCUGCGCCUUCCGCAGCCAGUUGACCCGGAAGCAGGCGCUAGCGAAGAGCGAGGACGAGCUGUGGCAGCAUUUCGCCGGCGAGAUCAUCGCCUGCCCGCAGUGGGGCCACCAGUUGCUCCUCAAGUUCGUCGCCUUCGUGGGCUGCACGCGCUACGACGGCGACGCGGUGGUGGCCAGCGGUGACUCCUCGUACGCCAGCAUCCGGCGGCAUCUCAAGGGACACGCGGCCCUCGGUGGCGGCGGCUUGGCGCUCUUUGGUAGUGCCCACUUCUACGCGUGGCCCACGAGCUUUGCGGAGAUCGGCGACUGUGUGCGCAGCGCACAGCGGGUGGACAUCGCCCGCCUGCCGGACGAGAGCAACUAUCGGCGGACGUACGGCGGCGUCUAUGCCAGCACCUUGGGCGCCGUGUGCCACGAACUGGGCCACUGCUUCGAUCUGGGCCACACCAGCGAGGGUGUGAUGGGCCAGGGCUUCGACUACUUGAAUCGCGUGUUGACCGUCGACCAGCCCACGGAGCAUUUGCCGCAGCGAAUUGUGGACGCCCGCAGGGGCUCACCUGCCAAUACUAACUCAUCCGAGGGCGGAUCAUCCUCCACUUCCUCCGCCUCAGCCUCAGCCGCAGCCGGCAACCGUGGCCGCCUCACCAAACUGAAACUGCAGCCGAGCAGCCAACUACUGGACAACUACCACAACCAGCGACGCCACGAUAGCUUCUAUUUUGCGCGCAACUGUGCCGUGAUCCUGGCCCAUCAUCGCUGGCUGAAUUUGGAGCUGGAACAGACGGCUGCCGCCGACUUUGAGGCGGCCAGCAUUCAAUUGAACCGCGACACCCGUGAGAUUCGCUCCAGCAGGCCCAUCCGGCUGGUCGAGCUGCGCUGCAACCAGAACAGCCUGGUGGCCCACUACGAGGAGUUCGAGCAGCCGUCCGUGCAUCGCUUCCAGCUGCCCGCUUCGCUGUGGCAUCUCCUGGCGGAGCAGUGCACCCACUACGUUUUCGUGCUGACCACCAGUGGCGACACCAAGCGGCUCUCCUGCGACUCCUCCUAGGAUU